AUCCAUGCUUGUUCAUUUCAAUAUGCGUUUCUCUUUAAACCUCUCUUAGUUCAACACUUGAUAUUCUUGGGUAUUUUAUUUCAUACGUGAUUAAUUUUUAUCAACAUGGAUCUGGAGAUUGAAAGCUUUGAUGACUUUGGAUUAGACCAUCGUUUACAAAAAUCAAUCAAAAUGGUUGGAUGGUCAAAGCCAACUGGAAUUCAAUCGGCUGUUAUUCCCCUUGCUCUGGAAGGUAAAGAUAUUCUUGUUAGUGGGAGAACAGGUUGUGGUAAAACCGCAGCUUAUCUGAUUCCUAUAUUGAACAGGAUAAUUAUCGACAAACAAAACAAUUGCGAACAACGUACUAGUGCGGUUAUACUAGCUCCAACUAAAGAACUCUGUCGCCAGAUCUUUGUUACUGCUACUCAACUUAAUCGAAGCUCAUCAAAUCUGGUCCGUAUAACUUCUUUACUGGAAGGUAAAGAUGAAAAGAUUAACACGACAAUUAUUGAAGAUCAGGAUUUAAUUGUCUCAACACCAGCCAAACUAAUCAAAUAUACCAAAAUGGAAAGUUUAUGUUCUGGCCUUAAAUUUCUAGUGGUUGAUGAAGCUGAUUUAGUUUUUUCAUUUUUCUACAAAGAAGAGAUUUUAAAAAUUUUUACUUCAGCAAUGAAUAAUUCCUUUUGCCAGUGUUUCCUGGUAUCUGCUACGUUGGAAGCUGCGGCUGAAGACAUCAAAGAAAUGAAAAAAUUUCUCAAAAAUCCUGUAUCAUGUAAAUUGGAAGAGCCUGACAUUGUUGAGAAUUUGGAUCAAUAUGUUAUUAAAUGUGAUGACGAUGAAAAAUUUGUUAUUUUAGCAGCCCUAUUCAAGCUGAAUUUAAUCGCUGGAAAAACUCUAAUCUUUGUCAACACAACAAAUAUGUGCUAUAAGAUAAAACUAUUUCUAGAACAAUUCGGAGUCAGAAGCUGUGUCUUAAACUCUGAACUGCCUGUAAAGUCACGUUGUUUAACCAUAGAAGAAUUUAACAAAGGAGUUUAUGAAAUCAUCAUAGCAAAUGAUGCGAUCUGGUCCGACGCCGAUAAAAACGACGAAAAGAACAGCAAAGACAACAAAGACAGUAAAGAAAGCUCGAAGAAAAAAAGACGGACUGAAGAUAAUUUAUCAAACGUUUCUAGAGGAAUCGACUUUCAAUUUGUUUCCAAUGUUGUUAACUUUGAUUUCCCUCUAACAGUAGCUUCAUAUAUUCACAGAGUUGGAAGAACAGCUCGUGGAUCCCAUGAUACUGAUGGUACAGUUCUGUCCUUGAUAUGUCCAAAAGAAAUGCCACGUUAUGAGCUAAUGAAAGAAAAGUUACAAAUCGAUUCUAAUUUCAAGCCAUACAACUUUAGAAUGGAAGAGUUAGAAGCAUUCAGAUAUCGUUCUAGAGAUGCUCUAAGAGCAGUAACUGGUAUUGCAAUCAAGGAAGCUCGAAUAAAAGAAAUUCGUAAAGAACUUCUUAGUUCGGAAAAACUGAAAGCUUAUUUCAAAGCGAAUCCAAAAGAUCUAAAAGUUCUCACUCAAGACAAAACCUUAGGAACUACAAAACAGAAAUUCAAUCAUCUUAAACAUAUUCCUGAUUAUAUAGUUCCCCCAACAUUACAAAGUGUUUUACACGGAAGCAAAGGAUCCCGGAAAAAGUUACCUGGACAAGAUGCUACACUUCAUCUGGUUUCUCAUUCAGUGAAAAGGCGUAAAAAUAAAUCAAAUAAAAAGAAGAUAGACCCACUCAAUAUGUAAUAAAUUUUUGUAGAAUAAAUUUCGAUAAAAACACUUUUGUGCAUAAAUAUUAAAACCUUGUAUUGAUGUUAAUUAUUUGACAAUGAAAACGCUCCAUGAAAUUAUUUUGUUUAAUAAAUGCAGACCAUUUUUAGUUGCA